AUGUCUCGGCUUAUUUCUUGUAUCAUAAUUUUCCUUCUGAUUAUCGGCUCAGCCGCCGGAAGAAAACCAAAUUAUUGCUCGAGAGUGACGGAUCACUUCUUUCCAUGCAUAACGUAUCUAGUCGGAUUCGAAUCGAGACCGGCAGACGGUUGUUGUGGUGGUCUUGAAGAACUCAACCAACUUGUGAGGCAUAAUGGGAAGGGCCCGAAAAGCAUAUGCCAGUGCAUCGAAGAUUUGGACUACGUAAUGAACGUUCCGUUCAUCGCUUCACGGAUCCAGUCUCUUCCUGACGAGUGUCGAACUCACGUCAGUUUCCCGGUUUCUGUUGCCAUGAAAUGUUCCGGGUAA